AUGGCUCCCGUCCAGGUUGUCAACGUUUCCCUCCCCUCCCUGCCCCAGGGAUGGGCUGCCGACAAGGACUUCAAGGCCGUCGGUGGUCUUUCUGCUGCUACUCAGCGUAACGUCGAGCCCGUGGGCCCGCACUUCCUGGCCCACGCCCGCCGUAAGCGCCAGAACCGUACUUUCUCUGAGGAUGAGCGCAUCCAGGCCGAGCAGAAUGUCAAGAAGACCGAAGAUGAGGAGGACAUGGAUAUCUCCGAGCCCGAGGACCCAAUGAUGCUCUCCCGCGAGGCCAAGGACUGGAAGGGCCAGGAUCACUACGCCGUUCUGGGCCUGAGCAAGCACCGCUGGCGGGCCACCCCCGAGCAGAUCCGCAAGGCCCACCGCAAGAAGGUUCUGCGUCACCACCCCGACAAGAAGGCCGCUAUGGGCAAGAGCGAUGAGAACGACAGCUUUUUCAAGUGUAUCCAGAAGGCCACUGAGCUGCUUCUGGAUCCCACCCGCCGCCGCCAGUUCGAUUCCGUCGACGAAGGCGCCGAGAUCGACCCUCCCUCCAAGAAGGCCGCCCAGAAGGACUACUUCAAGGCCUGGGGCCCCGUUUUCGAGGCCGAGGGCCGCUUCUCUAAUAAGCAGCCCGUGCCCCAGCUGGGUAACGAUGAUAGCACCCAGGAGGAGGUCGAGACGUUCUACAACUUCUGGUACAACUUCGACAGCUGGCGUUCAUUCGAGUACCUGGAUGAGGAUAUUCCCGACGACGGUGAGGGUCGUGACCAGAAGCGUCACACUGAGAAGAAGAACGCCAACGCCCGUCGCAAGCGCAAGCAGGAGGACAACGUCCGCCUUCGUGAGAUGCUAGACGAACUGAUGGCCGGUGAUGAGCGUAUCAAGAAGUUCCGUCAGCAGGCCCGCGCUGGCAAGGACGCCAAGCGUAAGGCCAAGGAGGACGAGGCCCGCCGCCUGCUCGAGGAGAAGGAGCGUGCCCGCCGUGAGGAGGAGGAGCGCAAGCAGGCCGCCGAGGAGGCCGCUAAGGCCGAGCGCGAGAAGAACAAGAAGGCCAAGGAGGCCGCUAAGAACGCCGCCAAGAAGAACAAGCGUGUUCUCAAGGGCUCCGUCAAGGACGUCAACUACUUCGCUGAAGGCGAGGCCUCCGCCGCUCAAGUCGACUCUGUUCUCGGUGAUGUCGAGCUCAUUAUGGGCAAGAUCGAUGUUGACGAGCUGGCUGCUUUGGCUGAGAAGCUGACUCUUGCGGGCAAGGACGGCGCUGCCGUCAAGUCUGCCUGGUCCUCCGAGGGCCAGCGUCUGGUCGGUGCUGGCAAGGUCAAGGAGGGCGAGCUGAAGGCCUUCGCUUAG